AUGUUCGAGGAGAUUCAAGAUAGGUUGCGGCCCAUCGAUGCUACGACCAAGUCGAUUCCGGAGGGCGAGGAGGAAACGGAGGGGGGAGAGCGGAAGGAGGGAGAGGAGCGGAAAGAGGGGGAGGGAACUGGAGUAACCCAGAGUAAGAGGCGGUCGUACGGGUUGAAUUUGGCAGGCCUGUGCCAAGAGUAUCUCGAGGCCGGGACCCCCCUUUGUCAAGUCGGCCGCUUGGUCAUGUCCACGCUACGCCUUGCCACCGGCGUCGAGCUAGAUGUCGCGGGGGGCAAAAUGAAAUUCCACGGCACGACGGUAAAGCGGCUUGCACUUGGAAUUGCGCACUUGAACAUGGCUGAACUGAUCGCCAUGAUCCUCAAAGCUCCCUACUUGCUGAUCGCGGGUGACGAAUCGCUGCGGAAAGGGGACAAGAAGUUCCCCAUUUUCGUGGCGUGUUGGGAUGUCGUAGCUAGCAGGCCUUGGUGGGGGCUUCUCCGGAUGUGCAGCAUGAAGGACAAAACUGCGGAAACACAAGCAUCGCUUUUUUUCGAGACCAUCGUCAACGUUCUGAAGUACCCUCGCCGCCAAGUUUUGUACGUCCUGCCCGACAAUACCGCCUCUGUCUCGGGCGAAAAGGGGGGGGUGUGCAACCAAGCUGCAGCAGAAGCUGCGGGGGGAAGACACCACGGCGGUCCCACGACAGGAGCAGGGUGGAGGGCGUGGGCGUGGGCGUGGUGGACAGGGCUCGAGAGGUAG